AUGAUACCGUGCUUCCUAGAUUUGACUGAAAAACUUGUGAAAAUUAAAAGCAUUCCUUUCGAUCAAUGAAAAGGCGGGAACUCUGCCCUAGCAACGAAUGUAUACCGCCUAUUUCAACCUUCUAUUGGACGAAUAGCGUUGACUCUUGAGCACUCCAUGUCAACCCCUAGCGAAGCUCUCUCCAUCAAGUCAUAUUCUAUGGAAACUUAACGUCUAUAGAUAUCGGUGAUGCACAAACUCAAACAUUAAUCGAGUGUUUAUUGUAACACUAACAUUAUUAGUAGUUCGAAAGUACAUUUUUUACAUUUUUUUUUCUUAUGUAUAGAAUUGAAUUAACAAUACUUGUGUUUAAAAUUAAAAAUUUCAAUUUUGAUAGUUGCAUGAUAGUGGGGUUUUAGUUAAUCACUUGUAUUAACUAAGUCAAUUAUAAACUUUAGAACUAAAUGAAAAUAACUGAUGCAGAUCAAAUCGAAAAUCUGUUCUCAUGUCGGAUAAUUGAAUAGAAUUAAUCCAUUAUAAGUUCCGAGAAGAUAUGUAAAAUAUAGAAAUGAAUGAUUGUCAUGUGUUGUACAAUAAACUGUGAAAUGUUAAAUAAACGUGUAAGUGUGCUAGGCACGUGUAUACUGAGGAAUCUCACGUGUCAGAAUUUACAACACGUGCCUUGGUUCAACAAAAUCCAUUCAGACAUGAACUAACAUGAUUGACACUUAAAUUCCUUAGAAGGUUAAAGCCGUUUCCAAGCAAAUCAUAAAGAAGUUUAUGUGGUUUUAUUAUUUUUUAUAUCACUGUUGAUAAUCUCCUUAUAUAUAUCGAGUAUUUUGUGUUAUCAAUAUCGAAGAGUGAUUCGAUUUGUAUUUAUAUUUGUCUUCUUAUAUCCUACUAAAAACAACAAUGUACUAGAGUAAUUAAAUAUUAAAUCAAAAAAUUAAAACGUUAUAUUUUCGAUGGAAAAUUUGGAGUUGGAUAUUAUUAAUCACCGCUAUAUAUAUGAUGCUCACCCAUUUCUGAGUGGCCCAAUCAUUCAAUCAUUAUCAAAACAUCAGAGAUCAGAGGCAUUAGCUGUUUUUCCAACCACAAUUCCUCAAAUUCCAUCAGGAAGUACAGGAAGUUCAGAUUGUAGUGAGCGAUAUUCUAUCGAUGGCAAUAGUAGUGACGGCGAAAGUAUUUAUAGCAGUGAUCGUGAGAUGUGUGUACGAGAAUCCUAUCUAAGAACUUGGCGUUCGAGCAGUGAAUCAUACAAAUUUCACAGAAGUAGAAGUUACAUCUGUGAGAAAAAAAUUCAUCCAAAUGUAAAUCGGCCAACUCAUGUUAUACACCAACGUCAAGCUGCAAACUUACGAGAACGAAAACGUAUGCAAAAUAUUAACGACGCAUUUGAGGGUCUACGAACUCAUUUACCCACUUUACCCUAUGAAAAACGACUUUCAAAAGUUGACACUUUAAAACUGGCUAUAAGUUACAUACGUUUUCUCACCGAACUUGUUUGUAAUGAAAAAGAUUCCGUGACAUAUAAUCAUGGGACUGUUACGAAGUACACAAAUGAUGAUAAUUCAAAGAAAAUUAUACUUCACAGUUAUUGCGGUGAUCCUUAUAUUGCGCACUCACUUUCGUGGUCCAGAAAAGCAGAAAAAUCUUCUACUGGAACUAUGUUUGCGAAAGUUUGGACUCCUGAAGACCCUCGUUCCACUAAGAAUUCUAGAAAACUUGUUACUAAAAGUGAAAAGGCCGAUGUGAGGAUUUUAUGUUCAUCAAUAAAUCGUCAACGUUUAAGAAAAGAUAAUAAUCACUCGAACAUCACCGAGUUUGAAACAUUAAAUUCUUGGACCAAAGAAUCAUCGAUACAGGUAGUGAAAGAUCGAAUUCAGACCCGAGAAACAUGCUUGCAUCGUGAAUAUGUAAUUAUUCAAGCAUGAAAUGUAAAAAUUCAAUAAAGGCAUAAUAUCUGAUAUGAAUAGUCUUCAAUUU